AUGGAUGCUCAGAAGAUCCAGAGAGGUUCAUUGAUUCCUUGUUGCCAGAGUUUUAAUGUAGGGACGUCAGGAGCCAAAGUGUUCUCUGGACCUGCGGUGGAGGAGUUUGGUUACACCGUUCAGCAGUUCACCAAUCACCUGGGGAAAUGGCUGCUGGUGGGCUCUCCCUGGAGUGGAACCCCUGAUAAUAAGAAAGGGGACAUUUACAAGUGUGAGAUCGCAGGCCCAGGAUCCAACUGUGAGAGACUGAAUCUCCAAAAUUCAGUCACCAUUCCCGGUGUGGAAAACAUUAAUGUCAACAUGAGCUUGGGCUCAAUUAUAACUCAGCCCACGAAUGAGGCGUUCAUGACGUGUGGGCCACUUUGGGCCCAAAGGUGUGGGAGUCACUACUUCUACCCUGGAGUCUGCGCUGAAGUCAGCGCCCAUUUCAGUCCACUUCAAGCAUUCUCUCCAGCCCAUCUAAACUGUGGGCCAGUGGACAUAAUGGUUGUAUUGGAUGGGUCAGACAGCAUAUACCCAUGGCCAUCAGUUGUUGCAUUCCUCAAAAAACUACUAGAGAAUCUGGAAAUUGGACCUGAUAAAACUCAGGUCAGUGUCAUGCAGUAUGCUGUUGACACAUCUUUUGAGUUUCGGUUCAACUCUUAUGGAACUAAAGAGUCCAUGCUUGCUGCAGUGUCUAACAUGCCCCAGAAACGUGGGGACCAGACCAAUACAUUCUCAGCCAUUCAAUUUGCCAGUGAGUAUGCUUUCCUCCCACAGUAUGGAGGACGUCCAGGAGCCACUAAAGUGAUGGUGGUGGUGUCUGAUGGGGAGUCUAAUGAUAAACUCAUGCGAGACCAAGCGAUAGCAGCAUGUGAACAAGAGGACAUCACCCGCUUUAGUAUCGCUGUCCUCGGCUACUACAACAGGAACAAUAUAGACCCCAAAAUUCUAAUCACGGAGAUGGAGUCCAUAGCCAGCACUCCGACGGAGCGCCACUACUUCCAUGUGGCGGCAGAGGAAGCUCUCCUGGAGAUCGCAGGAACUCUGGGUGAUCGCAUUUUCAAUAUAGAGGGAGUUGGGAAAGGUGAAGACUUCCAGAUGGAGUUUGCCCAAGUUGGUUUUAGCGCUCAUCAGACCAGCAAAGAGGGAGUGGUGAUGUUAGGAGCAGUAGGAGCAUAUGGUUGGAGUGGAACAGUUGUUCAUCAAAAGGGUCAGACAUCUGAUGUUUUACCUGAGAAAGCUUUUGAGAGCAUCCUGGAGAACAAGAACCACAGUUCCUACAUUGGCUAUUCUGUGACAUCGCUGAGGCACGGCAGCACUGAGUACUUUGUGGCUGGAGCCCCGCGGGCGAACCACUCUGGCCUGGUCGUGGUCUACACACUGGACAGCUCAGCACAGGCCUCCAUCAUAGACACCCAGAGAGGGACUCAGGUGGGCUCCUACUUUGGCAGUGUGCUGUGUCCUCUGGAUGUGGACAAAGAUGGCGUGACGGACGUGCUGCUGGUGGGAGCGCCCAUGUUUAUGAGUGAGGACAAGAAGGAGACGGGGAAGGUCUACGUGUUCUCCAUCACCAACGGGAUUCUGGGUGACCAGGGCUUCCUGGUGGGUCCUUCAGCUGUGGAGAAUGCCCGAUUUGGGAUGGCCAUCUCUGCCGUGCCUGACCUCAACCUGGAUGGAUUCAGUGACGUUGUGGUGGGAGCACCUCUGGAGGACAACAGCCAUGGAGUCAUUUACAUUUACUUUGGAGACAAGACCACUAUCCGACUGCAUCACUCACAGAGAAUUAUGGGAGUGAAGGUGGACCCUGCGCUGCAAUACUUUGGACGCUCUCUAGAUGGCAGUGGAGACCUGAAUGGAGACACCAUCCCAGACAUCUCAGUGGGGGCUUAUGGGAAGGUGGUGCAGCUCUGGUCUCGGGGAAUAGUUGUGGUCACUGCUGAGGUCUCCAGUAUACCAGAGAGAGUCAGCAUCCUGAACAGAACCUGUUCUUUACGGGGGAGGAUGGCAUCCUGUUUCAAGGCUAAGGUGUGCUUCACUGCCCAGCUCAGGUCUACUGUACCUAUGGGACCAGCAGCCAUAACCUACACAAUCAUCCUGGAUGCGGACUUGCAGUCUUCCAGAGUCAGUUCCAGAGGCCAGUUCAGUAACUCAGAGCGCAUUGUAAAGAAAGACAUACAUAUCACCACGCAGCCACUGUGUGAAGACCACAUAGUUUAUGUGCAGGAUUCAUCUGACUUGAUGAAUUUGUUUGCUUUACGAUUAGACAUUGCUCUCCAAGCAUCAGAUUCCAACCCAGUUUUAGAUGUAUUCAGUACAACAGCAUGGGACUUCUUUAUUCCAUUUUCAAAAGACUGUGGCACAGAUGAUGUGUGUGUGAGUGACUUACAGUUGAGAGUGUGGAACAGUGGAGAGCAGUUAAGUUCCUCUCCCAUGUUGGUCAGUCAGAAGAACAGACGACUGUCUUUCAUGGUAUCAGUCACCAAUAAGAAGGAGAAUGCGUACAAUGCCAGAGUCUCUGCCACGUUUUCUAAGAACCUCUUCUAUGCCUCAAUCACACAGCCUAAUAAUGUCACUGAGGUGAAAUGCACAUCCACUGGAGAAUUCCAAAACCUGUCCUGCCAGGUGGGCAGCCAUGUUCUCAUGAGAGAUCAAACAGUGACUUUCGAGAUGAUUUUCGAUUUUAAUACUGAUCAACUUCUGAGGAAGGCCCAAGUAACCUUUGAAGCCCAAAGUGAUAGCGAAGAGGAGAACCCCACAGAUAAUGUGGUUCAUCAUUCCAUCCCUGUGCAGUAUAACUCUGAGAUCAUUUUUACAAGGGAAGCGGAUAUGUCUUUUUACGUGGUUGACAAAGCUUACCAAGUUAGGACUGAAAUGACAAGUUAUGAAGACGUUGGCCCAGAAUUUAACUUUAUGCUUAAGGUUUCUACGGGGAACUUCCCAGUCAGUCUGGUCUAUCUCACAAUCUCUCUGCCAAUCAAAACACUUCUGGGAAACCCUUUACUCUAUCUGACUGGAGUGACAACAGCCCCCUCUAGUAAUGUAAGCUGUGAUGUGAAUGGGGUUCUCAAGACACUGAAGAAAGGCAGAUACCUCCAUUCACCCACCUUCAUGAAAGAGUCCUUCAAGGGCAUUGAUAGCCUGGACUGCAACACCUCACAAUGCCAGACAGUGACAUGUGUUCUCAAAGACACGGUCAUAAAGAGCCACUAUUUUGUAAACGUUACAACACGGAUAUGGAACAGCACCUUUGCUUUAGCAUCUUUUCAGGCCUUGUCUCUGAGUGUGAGUGCUGAUAUUGAGACUGACAUACCAGAUCUACUGGUGAUUACAGACAAACACUGCAAGGUGAAGGUGACCAUCAUCAAAUCUGGAGGGAAAGGGGACAUACCCUUCGUUAUAAUUGUCGGAAGUGUGCUUGGUGGUCUGCUUCUUUUGGUGAUUGUAACAUCAACUCUGUGGACUCUUGGUUUCUUCAAGAGGAAGCACAAACAGCUGAGUAUGACUGGUAAGAAUGAGACCGACUGAAGCCCUCGCACAAGAACACACCAGGAGAACAAAGUCCUCCCCGUUGAAGAACUUGGGCUACUACAGAGCCCCCUUUAACCCAUCUGAGCAGCCAACACAGUGUGGGCUUCUUUAAAAAGCAGUUGUGUGUUCUGGUCAGACAGAAUGGGAGGCCUGCGGAGAGGAAUGAUUG